UGAUAAUGCAGCCCUCUAGAACUUUAUCCAACUCCAUUCCGAUGUAAAAAAGUUUGUUUUAGUUGUUGUGGAGGUACAGCAAAACCCUAUUCACCCCGGGGGGUUCUCCAAGUGAUUGGCUGCGUCUCUUGUGCUUAAUCGAAUUAAUAUUGAGUUGAUUAAGUUUUGUUUUUCUGUGUGCACUCGAGUGUCUACUCAAGCCGGCCAAUUUACUGGCUGGAUACAAUCCACUCAACAAAACAUGCGUUGCAUUACUGACAGUGAAAUCAAUCCAACGAAUGACUCGAGUAAAAUAAUAUGUGACGCAUCGAUCAAUUGGGGAAUGACUACUGGUUUUCAUGAGAGUUGACACGUUGGAAUUUAUUGAGAAAGAGAAUAAACACUUCUUCCAUUUGUCAGAAGUGGAGGUUUUAAUUGAGAAAUUAAUUGAUAAUGAUAUUGGUGUUAAUCUUAUUAAUCUCUCAAGCUGCGGGGUUCGAGGAUAAUAUCUGCAGAAAUCAGACAAUAUUGCAAACACCUGGCGACGCUUUAUUAACUGUGUUCGUAGAUGCGACAUUUGGCCCCUACUGUAAUGAAUCUUUAUCAAAGGGCUUCCAAGAAGUGACAACAGCACUUUAUGUAACAACGGCAUUGAACAGAGAAGAUUACAUUCCCGGAAUGACCUUAGGAUUGCGGUUGAUAGACACCUGUCAAGAUCCUAGAUCAGUCCAGAGGAUGUGCCUGAUGCUGGCAUCAGAACCGGAUUGCACCCAUGAUUAUUACAACCUGGGUGUCCUGGCCCCUCAGUCAUACAUCUCCAUCCUCCAGCCCCUCCAAGACAUCACCGAUCUUCCACUGGCUUUUUAUUUCAAUGACAACAUCUCAAAACCAUUAGUGAAUAUAGCAAUGAAUUUCAUCACCCACAAAUUCGAGACUAUUGAUCUACUCUUGACACACAAUGAUUUUGUUCAUAAUAUUAUUCUUGAUGAGACCAGAGAGACGAGCAUUUGUGUCGAGAGUUUUAAUAAUUUGACGAAACUCGAUAAUAUGGAUAAUGGACUAAUUGUCGCAGCUGGUGAAGAAAGAUCGAUCAGGUCAUGGCUAGAAAAAUACAGGGAAAAACAAACUUGGCUCAUUAUUCCAAUGGAUGACUCCGAGCCUGAUGAUGUCGUGCCCACUGGCUCUUACAUCAUCAGGUCGGAGUCUCUCGCGCUCGACCUCGAGGAUUACCUAAUACCAGAGAACGAUGAAAUCCUGGUUCACUCACCCCAUCUGAUGAGCAUCGGAAAAUCCCUGGUUUCAACAGCUGAGUUAUUAUCAGACAUCCAGAGAAAUAACUGUCCUUCCGGUAUUUGCGCGUUUCCUCCCUUCGACACGAGACUCUUGAAGAAAAUUUCCACAGACCACAUAUUCGAUAUCCUGAAGGCUCCCGAGUACUCCAGAACGAUAAACUACGUAAUUUCCGAAAGAAUCGAUGCAGAAGUUGAGGAUCUGGUGGAUAUUUUGUCCUAUCAAGUGGAUGCGGAGACGUUGAAAGUGAUUUCUAAUGUAUCAGAGCCUCACGUGACGUCUUGCUGGGAUAAAAAAACUUGUGAAAGUUGUCUCAACUUCGGAAACAAUCCAGCAACCACCGGGAUAAUCCCCGAUGUCGAAUCCACCCCGGGAAAAAUUGAAAUAAGACCUGACUACUGGGUGCCAGUAGUUAUGGUCUUCGUUGUGUUCGGCAGUGCUGUAUCACUAGCAGUGGGACUUUAUAUUAUUUAUAAAUUCUCUUUGAAGGAUCCACUGGACGGUAAUCCCACGCUAACAAUCUUCCUCAUACUGGGUAAUAUCUUCCUUCUCUUCUCCACCACCCCUUUUUGCCUGGAGGAGAAAACUCUGGGUCAUGACGAGUUGAACUCGAGGAAGAUAUUCGUUGCUACACUGUCAACGGGCUUUGUAUUUUCAGUAAUGCUCUCCAGGGCCUUUUUCCUCGCCUUCUCCACCGGAGGGGUCUACACCAGCCACAUCAAUGGAUAUCUGCAGGGGCUCAUGCUACUUUUCGUGUUUGGAGUACAAAUUGGAUUGUCUACGAUGUAUUUCCUCGUUGCUCCCAGGAAUUCUGAGGAGACUUUGAAGAGUCCUGUCUUUAUAGGAUUGCUGAGCUAUGAUAUACUUCUCCUUCUGAUGCUCCUCGCAGUUUGUUCUCUCAUCCACAAAAUACCCCGAAACUAUCGAGAGGGCAAGUGUCUGUCCUUGACAGCCAUCGGCUUGCUGUCAACCUGGUGCAUCUGGAUCUUGAUCUUCAUAAUCAUAAAUGAUGGAUGGCGAGACAUCGUCGUGACCUUCGCCCUGGUGUUGACGGCAUAUGGUAUUAUUGUCGGUGUUCUUCUACCUCGAGUCUACUUCAUGAUAACCCACGUAAAACCCGACAAGACUUUUCAAGGUCACGUCGAUGGAGCAAAUCUACGCUUCGAGCCCCGGAGACGCACCAUACGCCAGCCAAGAAAAUCAUUUUACGAUUACGUUUUGCCGAUGGAGGGGAUGAGAAAUCCAUCGGGUGUUCCGGGGGCACAUCCCAACUUCUACGGAAGCUCCAGUCCCAAUCGUCGACGUCGGGAUUCCGAAGGAAACUCGACUGGCGUCAGUGUUAAAGGCAGUGGAUACAAUAAUUUUGGAUAUCACACUGAGAUAAGAGAAGCGGAAAAUCAUUAUGUCGUGCCGAAAGUUUGCGUUGUGCAAACAAAUGAUGGGAAAAAAAACCGGGGAAGCAUAAAGAGUACAACAAGUAGUGAUUCCGACUACGCACAGCCAAAUUACCCGGGGAUGAGAGACAAUUCACUGGAUGAUGAUUGUCUGGAGGCCGAGCUGUACCUCGACAGUAAAAAGCUAUCGCCAAAACGAGGGCCUAAUGAGUCGUAUCCCUCGAGGUGUUCAACCCCUCGGCUGUACCAGACCGAAGCCACAAUUGAUGAAGAGGACGAGGACACCGAGGAGGCAUCCAAAGUCACCCGUUUCUAAUCACUUGAGAAAUAUUUCUGUAAUUCACUUCUGUAUCUCAUUGUAAAUAAGAUUGAUUGAGAAACGAAUUCGAAAGGAGAAAUAAAAAUUUCCGUUUCACCCUG